UACCAAUAUUUACAAUGAUAUCUAUUCAUUAGACGACAAUGCAACACGGGGACCUCUGAUAUAUAAACUCUUCAAAGCUAGCAUAGAAGCAACAAGGCAAUAGAGAGGCUUUUGUACUGCAAUGGCAAAGGAUACGCAAAUAACAGUAGUGAUGGUGCCGUUUCUAGCACAAGGCCACCUGGGUCAGCUCCUCCAUCUCUCCCGUCUCAUCUCCACUUAUAACAUCCCGGUCCACUAUGUCAGCACCACGACUCACAUCCGCCAAGCCAGAAGCCGUCACCAGGGAUGGGACCUCCUGGCCUAUGAUAAUAUCCAUAUUCAUGAAUACCCAAUCCCGGAUUAUGAUUGUCCAGAUCCUAAUCCCAAUGCUCCAAGCAAAUUUCCUUCUCAACUUCAGCCAGCUUUCGAAGCCUCUAUUCACCUCAGGGGUCCUGUUUGCAAACUCCUUACUACCCUUUCUGCCACUAGUCGAAGAAUCGUUAUUAUUCAUGACUAUUUAAUGGCCUCAGUAGUUCAAGAUUUUGUAUCCAUACCUAAUGCGGAGAGUUAUACUUUCCAGACUUGUUCUGCUUUUUUUACUUUUACCUACUACUGGGAUUAUGCCGGCAGGCCUAUUGCUGCUGAUGAUCAGAUACUUCAGCAACUUAUUUCUACCGAAGGUUCUCUGACUCCAGAGUUGUUGGCUUUCGGUGAAAAACAAGAAAUUUAUGUCCAAAAAAGCUCUGGUGAAAUUUACAAUACAUCCAGAGCAAUUGAAGGUUAUUACCUUGAUUUGUUUGAGAAAAUGCAGGUUGGCAAGAAACAUUGGGCCAUUGGACCAUUCAAUCCUGUAGACAUUUGCAAAGAACCAGACCAGAAACGACACAAAUGCUUAGAAUGGCUAGAUAAUCAAGUUUCUAAUUCUGUGAUUUAUGUUUCUUUUGGAACAACAACUUGUCUCACUGAUGAACAAAUCCAUGCUAUCGCUGUUGGCCUAGAAAACAGUGGCCAAAGAUUCAUUUGGGUAUUGAGAGACGCGGAUAAAGGAGAUAUAUUUACUGGAGAUGUCAGAAAAGCUGAAUUACCAACAGGGUAUGAAGACAGAAUAUUAGAAGCCAGACAAGGGAUGAUAGUGAGGGGUUGGGCGCCCCAGUUGGAGAUUUUAGCGCACACGUCCACAGGAGGAUUUAUGAGUCACUGCGGAUGGAAUUCAUGCUUAGAAAGCCUGACAAUGGGAGUGCCUAUGGCUACAUGGCCAAUGCAUUCUGACCAGCCUAGAAAUUCUGAGUUAAUAACAAAGGCACUAAAACUAGGCGUUGUCGUCAAGGACUGGACUCCAGAAAAUGACUUGGUGGGAUCCUUACAAAUCGAAAAGGCAGUGAAAAAAUUGAUAGCAUCCAAAGAAGGAGAUGAAAUGAGGAAAAGAGCUGCAGAGUAUAGAAAUGACAUAAAGAAAUCUGUGACAGAAGGCGGAGACAGUCGCCUUGAAAUGGAUUCGUUUGUCGAUCACAUCACAAGAGAAUAACAGUAUUAUCAAACCAUGUGUUAUCUAAUGUAAUGCAAUUAGUGUGGUAUAAUAAUGUUUUAGUUGUUUCCAGACUAUAAGAGAAAUGCAAUAUAUGUUUCCAGUUCA